GCCGGAAGCAGCCUGAGCCGGGGAGAGGGCGCCUUUUCCGCGCCGCUGAGGCCGACCGGGGGGAGCGGCAUGUCCGCGGAAAGGUUCACAGCCGCGGCCAAGAGGGGCUCUGGGUGCUCCAAUUUGGAUCAAGUGAUUACUGCAAAUCCUGGGAAGACCCCUAUCAGCUUGUUGCAGGAAUAUUGCACGAAGAAUGGUAAAAUUCCACAGUACGAGCUUGUAAAAUCUGAGGGUCAAGCCCACCUGCCUAGCUUCACUUUCAGAGCAUCAGUGGGAGAAGUGAGCUGCAAAGGCCAGGGUCAGAGCAAGAAAGCUGCAAAGCACAAAGCAGCAGCAGCAGUUCUUAUUAUUCUGAAUGGAGGAAUUCCACAGGACACUAUUUAUGAUGGUAUGAGCUAUACCUCGCAAGAUCCAGAACCUAUUACUUCCUCAAAGCAGCCUCAAAAUCCUCCCAACCCUAUUGGUGCACUUCAGGAACUGGUGGUACAGAAAGGGUGGAGACUUCCAGAUUACAGCAUUGCUGAAGAAUUGGGGCCUCCUCACAAGAGAGAAUUUGCAAUCGUUUGCAAGGUAGAAACAUUUGUUGAAACAGGUUGUGGUACUUCAAAGAAAUCAGCAAAACGGGCUGCUGCAACAAAGAUGAUUGCUAAGCUACAGAAUACUCCUGCAGACUGGAAUGGGGGAGAAGAGUUGCAAACUGAAGGCAUUUCUUUGUCAAACCUCAAGCUCGAAUGUGCUCAGAAAUCUGGAAACGAAUGGAAUGGUUCAAGGGGAAAUGUGUUGGUGGGCACCUGGGACCUUAUAAAAAGGUCACCUGGAGAAAAAAUCAAUCAACUGAAGAGAAGUCCACUCAGCAUUCCUAACACUGAUUACACUCAGAUGUUGGCAGAAGUGGUGGAAGAACAAGGAUUUGAUGUCACCUACCUGGAUAUAGAUGAACUAACUGUGAAUGGUCAGUAUCAGUGUUUGGCUGAACUCUCAACUCUACCAGUUACCGUGUGCCAUGGGACUGGAAUUUCCCGUGGUAAUGCUCACAAUGAGGCUGCCCACAAUGCACUGCAGUACAUGAAGAUCAUGGCUGGAAGAAAUUAGAGAAACAUAAAUCUUUUAUCCAUAGAGAAUUCUAAAGAGAAGUAUUUUUCUAAAUUACAAGAACAAACCACAGCUGUGUUUAAAUUCUAGUUUGGUUGUGUGUGUGCGCACACCUAUAAUGUUUCCACGGUAUUCAUUGAAAUAGUCAAGGAGUUUUCAAAAUACUUUAUAGAAGCAAUGUACAGAGCAACUGCUUUUUAAAAUUCUACUGCUACCCUACUACACAGGUGAAGCAAAUGAAAAAUAAAAUAAAUCAGAUGCACAAGUA